AUGGCGCGUCCGAGGCCCCGAGAGUACAAGGCUGGAGACCUGGUGUUCGCCAAGAUGAAAGGCUACCCGCACUGGCCGGCCAGGAUUGAUGAACUCCCUGAGGGAGCUGUGAAGCCUCCAGCAAAUAAGUACCCUAUCUUCUUUUUUGGGACUCAUGAAACUGCAUUCCUGGGGCCCAAAGACCUCUUCCCAUAUAAAGAAUAUAAAGAUAAAUUUGGGAAGUCGAACAAACGAAAAGGAUUUAACGAAGGACUGUGGGAAAUAGAAAACAACCCUGGAGUCAAGUUUACUGGAUACCAGGCAAUCCAGCAACAGAGCUCGUCAGAAACUGAGGGAGAAGGAGGAAAUACGGCCGAUGCGAGCAGCGAGGAGGAAGGUGAUCGGGUAGAAGAGGAUGGAAAAGGCAAAAGAAAGAAUGAAAAAGCAGGCUCAAAACGAAAAAAAUCCUACACUUCAAAGAAAUCCUCCAAGCAGUCACGGAAAUCUCCCGGAGAUGAAGAUGAUAAGGACUGCAAAGAGGAAGAAAAUAAGAGCAGCUCUGAUGCGGGAGACGCAGGCAAUGACACAAGAAACACUUCUUCAGAUUUGCAGAAAACCAGUGAAGGGACUUAACCAACAUAAUGACUGCUGGACAUGAAGGGAAAACACAAGAAGGUUACGUGUUUGGUUGUCUAAUAUUCUUGGAUUUGAUAUGAGUCAGCACAUCUAUUCAUUGGUAUCAUCAACAGCAUCCCAGUUUGUAUGCACAUUAUUCACAUUCCUAUCUGUUGUGUUUGCAGAAAUGACAUUUUACCCUUUUUCUAAGGGAUAUCUUUUGAUUUUCAUAUUAUUUGGUUGCAUGGAGUUGCCCUUUUCCAGUGACUGAGGUUUAUGGAGACGUUGCAGAGUUGUACAUGUGGUAGAAGCCUUUUCUAAAGAGAAAAGGCAGAAACUCCAAAUUAAAUCGUUCAAAAUCUGCAUUUUUGUAAAACAAGCAAACCUUAGGAAUUAGUCCCCUACAUACAAGACCACAAGAAUCUAUUCCACCUACAAACAUAACUUUAAAUUACGCCGUAUCCAUCUUUUCUUGUUUUUUGAUCCGUUUACAAAAUAAAAGAAAAAUCCUUCUUCAGCUGAGAUCAUUGCAAAGGUCAAUACUGUAAUAAAAUAUCUUUCCUUAUUAGAAGUACCUAGCUAGUUAUACUCGUUAAUAUUUCUCAAAAUCACGAUGUAAUGUACACUAUCUGGCUUAGUACCUAUAUGUGGAGUUAGUGAAAGUCUUUUUGUGUUUCUUUAGAUUAAUACAAGGAUUUUUUCCAAUGCCAACACAAUUUGAGCUCAUUCAUUUGGAUGCGUUCCAUUUCUAAGCUUAUUGUGAUACAGAAACCCUAUGAAACCAAACCAAAACAUCGAAUUUUCAGUAUUGAAAGGCUUAAAAAAAGGAUCCUGUCAUUCUUCUGUUUUUGGUUUUUGUUUUUUUGUUUUUAAUUUUGGAAAUAGAUCUAGACUAGGAAGUAAACAUUCCAAAACCAUUAUUCUGUGUACAUUAUUGUUGCUAUUGUGAUAAUAGAGAAUUUUAUUUAUUUUUAUGCCAGCUUUUAUUGUGAAAACAUAUUUAGUCUGGUUUUAUCAAUCCUUGUUAUGCUUGUCCUUGGAACAUCUUUUGCGUAUUCAAGGUUUGUAGUUGACAAGUUUACUGUAAAAAACAAAACAAAAAAACAAACAAAAAAACAAAAACAAAAAAAUGUAUUGUUUUUACAGAAUAAAUUUAUUGGAAUGUGUAUUGGGAGUAAGGUUUGAGGUUGUAAGCAACUAAGUUAGCGUCAUAUUUGGCUUCAUACGUGUAAUAAUGUGAGGUAUUAAUGUAACUCAAGUAUUAAAGCAAAACAUUCUGUUAACACUGAGUUGACAAUAAUAGAUACAAGUCCAGGUGAGAUUUUUUUUUUCUGUACAUUGCUUUU